AUGACGGUCCACGGAGCGUUCCUCCAUCAGGGCUCCUUCUGCAGGAACUGGUUCAACCUGCUGGAUCUGCUGGUGGUCAGCGUGUCGCUGGUCUCCUUCUUCCUGCACUCGAGUGCGAUCUCGGUGGUGAAGAUCCUGCGAGUCCUGCGGGUGCUCCGCCCCCUGAGAGCCAUCAACAGAGCCAAAGGACUGAAGCAUGUGGUCCAGUGUGUGUUUGUGGCCAUCAGGACGAUCGGGAACAUCAUGAUCGUCACCACGCUGCUUCAGUUCAUGUUCGCCUGCAUCGGAGUGCAGCUGUUCAAGGGUAAAUUUUAUCGCUGCACAGAUGAAGCCAAACACACUCCUGAACAGUGCAAGGGUACCUUUGUGGUUUAUAAGGACGGGGACGUGAACCAGCCGAUGGUCAGGGAGCGGAUCUGGCAGAACAGCGACUUUAACUUUGAUAACGUGUUGAUGGGGAUGAUGGCGCUCUUCACCGUGUCCACCUUCGAAGGCUGGCCCGCGCUGCUGUAUAAAGCCAUCGAUGCCAACGGCGAGAACUCUGGUCCCAUCUACAACUACCGCGUGGAGAUCUCCAUCUUCUUCAUCGUCUACAUCAUCAUCAUCGCCUUCUUCAUGAUGAACAUCUUCGUGGGCUUCGUCAUCAUCACCUUCAGAGAGCAGGGCGAGCAGGAGUACAAGAACUGUGAGCUGGACAAGAACCAGCGUCAGUGUGUGGAGUACGCUCUGAAGGCUCAGCCGCUGAAACUUUACAUCCCGAAGAAUCCGGUUCAGUACAAGUUCUGGUCCAUCAUCAACUCCACAGGAUUUGAGUACGUCAUGUUCGUCCUCAUCUUGCUCAACACCGUCACGCUGGCUGUUCAG